AUGAAGGAGAUGCAGGCGAUAGAGACGUCGCAGCCGACGGUGGCUCCGGUGGUGCAUAGCCGACAAUUGGGGGCUCAGUUGUCGGGAAGUAUGAGUUUCAGUAGCCAAAUGUCGAAGGAAGACGAAGAGAUGUCGAGGACGGCUUUGUCGGCUUUUAGGGCGAAAGAAGAGGAGAUCGAGAAGAAGAAGAUGGAGAUUAGGGAAAGGGUUCAAGCUCAGCUUGGUCGUGUCGAAGAAGAGACUAAGCGUCUCGCUUUGAUCCGUGAGGAACUUGAAGGUUUAGCUGAUCCCAUGAGGAAAGAAGUUGCUUUGGUCAGGAAGAAGAUUGAUUCUGUCAACAAAGAAUUAAAGCCAUUGGCUCAUACAGUUCAGAAAAAGGAACGAGAAUACAAAGAAGCUCUUGAAGCUUUCAAUGAAAAGAACAGGGAGAAGGUGCAGCUAAUCACCAAACUAAUGGAGUUGGUGGGAGAAAGCGAGAAGAUGAGAAUGAAGAAGCUGGAAGAGCUAAGCAAGAACAUAGAUUCUAUACACUGA